UCAAUCUCAAGGUUGCCGGGGCUCGCGUGGCUCAAGGUGAGUCUUGAUCGAUCUAAUCAAUGGAAGCACUACUUGCUUACGUAGAUAUUCCUACAGACUGUCAUGACGCUAUACCUCUUUUGGACUUGGGAAAUCCAACUUUUGCCAAGUUUUUUAAGCGAAUCUUAAAAAAGCUAGAAAAAGGAGAAACUUCUAUUCAAAAGACAUUACCUAAAUUAUCAAACAAUGAUACUGAAGAAGAGUCAGAUUAUGUACUUAUUGGAACAAUGCAAGAGGAAAAUUCGAAAAUAUUGCUUGCACGCCUUCCAAACUCGUCAGGAGUCAAUGAAAUAUACAAACUUCCUUUCAUUCGUUUUUCUGUCCGUAGAAUUAAUGAACCCGUAGCGAAACAGAAUCAGGAAAUCACAAAUAACAGCAUUGAACCUUAUUUAAAUGAUACAUUUAAACGUCUCGAUGAUAAAAUUGAAAAUUUCGGAGCACAGUUAUCUAAACUGGUCGAAUCUUUAUCACAGAAACCAGCGCCUCGACCUCGACCUCCAAGAAAAUCUCAAACACCUGCUGCUGCGGCUGGAUUAAAAUCUGUUUCCACACCGAAACCUACAUUAGCUUCACAAUGUUCACCUAAUUUCAAUGCUAAAUCAACACCUGCAUCUCCGCUGAAACGUCCACCGAUUGCAAAACCUAUGGUUUUAAAUCAAACAAACUCAAUUGUUUCAUCCACUGAAAAUAAAGCUAAAUCAACUCCGAUUAAAUCAUCCAAUGGUCCUAUUUUAAAAAAUCAAACUUUAAAUGAAAGUGCUAUUAAAAAGAAGCAAACUGAAUCAUUAACACAAGGUCAUAGUCAAAUGGAAAAUCCACGAUUCGCUUCAAUGAUUGACAAAGCUAUUGAUCAUGUUUUAAAUCGUAUUCAUAAAGGAAAAGAGAUUAAAAUUGGCCCUGUACUGCAUGAAAGAUUGUUUUCUGUAAAUGGAUGUCAUAAUAAUAAUAAUACUACCGCAGAUGAUGAUGAUCAUAUCGAUCUGUUGUCGAAUCAUGUCGACAUUGAUGAAGAAGAUGACUCUGAUGUUGCUAACGGCGAAGCUAAUUUCUAUCAUAAUACUAAUAAUUUUAUUCUAAAUGACAGAAAUCAACAUAAUCCAAGUGUUAAACCUAAAAAGAAUGUAGUCGCUAUUUCACCAUGUGUAUCGUUUAUGAUGAAACCAGUACAAAGUAGUGUGAAUAACAAUAAAAUGAAUAGUCUAGCUAGUAAUAAUAAUAAUAAUAAUACCAAUAAGAGGCAUUUUCUAUCCACUGAUGAUUAUGAAACAUUGGAAACUGUUUUAUCAAACAAUUCACCCAUGAAGAACAUUCAUUAUUCAUUCGAAACGACUGCUGGUAAUGAUGAUGAUAACAAUGGUCAACGAAAGCAUAAACACAAGAAACGGAAACAUUCCAACGAUUAGACAAUAAUACACCAGCCCCCCCCCCUACACACACACAAAAACAACAGAACAACACUCAUUACCUGUAUAUAGUGUGUCUAUGAGUCCGUGUGUGUGUGUGUGUGUGUGUGUACGUCUACGUGUAUGUAUUGAAUUUCACUUUUUUGUACAUAUAUAUACAUAACUGCCCUUCUACAUUCGCGUUUAUUUUUCUUCGAGAAUGUUUUCGUGUUUUUAUCAUCAUUAUACAUUAUUAUGCUGCAUUGUAUUUGCUUGUAGUUUUUUUCAUCUCUCUCGACAAAUUAAUCCAUAAUCCAUAAAUGUUGUAACACGAAAGUGUUGAUUUCACCUCUUACUUUGAUGAAAAACUAUAAUUUAUGUAUAAAUAAUAAUAAUAAUAAU